AUGGCUGCAAUCUUUUUCCUGGAUCCCACUUCCAGUGCUCUGCUGCUGCGCCGGGUCAAGAUCUCCUUUGCCGAAAACAUCCCUCUACUUCGACAAGCUUCCAGAAACACCGCCCGGAAUGUGGUGCACUGGACCCGCCGUGGCAGCGCUCUACAAGCCCUCCUCGUCAUCUCUGUUGGGACGAUAACUCUUCUGGCCUUGACGGGAUUGCUAGUCUUUGUGCUUUUCUUUCUGGCAACAACCUUUAAUGCUAUUGUCAUAUCCCUUCUCAUGUCUUUGGCAACAAUUGGAGGCUACUUGGCUCUUUUCUUUGCCUGUAUUACAGCCAUUUGCAUCGAGGCAUUAUCACGGCCAAGGAUGACGUAUGGAACAACUUGCUAG